GCAAAAAUAUAAACAUUGUGCAGGGAAGACGUCAACCUUUACAACCUCAAUCUCUGACAAUUUUCUAUUGCUUCUAUCAAUUGCAUUCGCUUUCAAUACUCAAGACAAUGCGAGUUGAUACCUUUUCACAAUGCCAAAAGGAAAAGAGGAAGUAAUGGAUUGGCUUUAUCAAUUCGUGAAGAGCCUGGGAGAGCAAGGAAUUGCUAUACAAAGUCUUUCUGAGAAGUUUGAUGAAAUUUUCAGGGAAGAAAUUGUUGCGAAUGAGCAAGUCAAAGAUGAGGUCUGGCAAGAGUUUAUCAAUCGGGAUGAUGUUAGGAUAGAGGGUUCUGAUGAAGAGGUUGGUGUAAUGAAGAGUAUGGAGUUGAGUGAUACAGUUGCUCUAGGCUAUGGAGUCAGGAAGGUUGUGGUCCAGGCAGAGUCGAUUGACGUUGAAAUGGUUGACACCGUCUUGGAGGAACCCGACGAGAAGGAUUCAGAAAAGAGGGUAGCGACUAGCAACGAGGGGACUGCUGCCUCAAUAGCCUUAGUCGAUCCCUCCAGACCAGUCGUUUUAGACGAAGCAACACCGGGGCUGAUAGAGCAACGUACCACUGCCAGGAACGAUUCAUCGAUAAAAGCAGUCCUUGGCCCAGUCAUUCCUGAUGUAACAACUCCGAUGCAAAGAUCACCAGAGCCAAAAGAACAAUUCGAUUCAAUCCCGAACGAAUCAUCUACUAAGGCAACACCUUCUUCUGAGCCGAAGUCGGGAAACAAGAAAUCUUACAAGAUUGCAGAUGAUCCACGAGGCACACAAAAUUCACAAAGAAGAUUGCAAAGUCUUUUAAAUGCAGCGCGCGCAGAGGCUGAUGGAUUUCAUACACCCAAAGUUGCCCCUCUUUCAAAUAAUAAUGAACCGAGGGUCAUCGAAAGUAACGGACAUCCUCCGACCAAGAGCACCCAUACACCAACCGAGAUUGACAAACCGCCACAAACCAAUGCAGAUACUAUCCUGGCAGACUCUCAGGUUGUACGUCCAGAUUCGUCAGAGAAAGCUUCAAAUAAAACUGCAACAACCAGUGAUAAGCAACGCGAUGCAGUACACAUUAGCAUCCCAAAACACCCAAUAAAAAUACAUUCAUCAAGAACUAGUCAACCUGCACCUAUAAUUGGAUAUCAAUAUCAAUCUCCACAGUCGAGCAACACCCCUAGUAAAGAUGCCCAACAAACAACCCCAAUUGAGAAUGCUGCAGAUAUUGACUAUUUUGCGCGGGAAGUAACUCGUCAUGGACCUGUACCAGGACAGCGAAAGCGUGGCCGCCCAAAAGGCCCAAGCCGUCAAGCUACUCCUAGCAGUUCAGCAAUAGAACCAGAUCCCCCGAAAGACCCUGCAUCUAUGAGCUUCUCAUCACUCGCCGAAUUGGAAUCAUUUCAAACUCCAAAAUUUGCGCCCAAAAAACGUGGUCGCCCCAAAGGAUCUACCGUCAAACGCCAAGAAAUUCCCAAUGAGCCGCGUUCAGAAAUAACCUCUGAAGCUACAGCUGAUACAGGUCUUCAAAUUUCAGAAUCGGGACUACGCACAUCUCGUAGACAACCAAAACCACGAAAAUUCUUUACUCCUACUCAAACAGCAUCACCAGAACCUGAGCCUGCGAUUGACAAACAAUUCGCUAAACCCGAGGCUUCUCCAACACCAUCAAAAUCCAAACCCCACAGAAAGCAUCGUGAACCCAUUUUCACCUCAUAUGAAGAUUUGUUAAGGGAAGAAGAUGAUAAAAAACGCAAAGCUGGGAUCGAUGGUGUCUACAUAAAACCUCUUGAUUCUAAGGAAGGAAGAUCGCUGGCUCGAAAAAAGACAUUUGUUGUAUUGAUAAAAUCCACAAAACUUUGUGACCCUGAUUUGUUGGAGAGUAGAAAGGGAACAUGGAUUGAAGUACUUGCCGAGAGGAGAAAAGCUCUGCAAUCUAUAGUUGAAUUAGAAGCUGCUAAAAUUGCCGCUGCUAAUGAAGAGGAAAAGUCUAAGAAAAGAAAGAGAGAUGAGAAGUCUGAAACAGACAACUCAAAGCGCUCAAAGCCAUCGGAUACCGAACCACAAAAUCCACUGGAAGUACCUGGCCCUGGAAUUGAGAAGCCGUUGAAUCCGCCUAUUUCUACACAUGAAAUUCUCUCAGAGGCGCCUAGUGCUGUAACGGACACCCCAUCAGAAGCUCCCAUUGUUGAGUCUGAGAAGACUUCAGAAAUUCCAAUGAUUAGGCCUGCAAAGUCAUUGGAAAUCGCUAGUCUCAAUUCUGUCUCUUUCCCAUCAAACGAGGAACUGGCAUUGGAGUUUGAAAAGUUCAAGGCUCUAUCAGCUGCAGGGCCAUCAUCAACUUCCAACAUAAACCCCGACUCUUUCCCAUCAAAUGAAGAACUAGCAUUAGAAUUCGAAAAGUUCAAUAGUGGUUUUUCUCUCCAAAAUGACUCGGUUCAAAAUGAAGGUCAUUCAGCUGCUAUGCAACAGUCGCCAACACAAUGGAAUGGAUCGCUAGAAACACAUCAAACACACGCAGCUAUGAGGAAUUCUCUACCACCAGCAUCUAACAUUAAUUCUCAUAUAUCACCGUACAGAGAGCAGUCUGAAUAUGAACAAAUUGCUGGUCGCCAUUAUCCACAACCAUACCGUGAGAAUGUACCAGCUAUAUCUACACCUUCUCCGGCGGACAGGUACAAGUCUCCGUAUGAAGAUGGACGACAGUCUACACCUUCAUUCCCAGCUCCGAACCCUUGGCUAGCUAGAGAUCCGACUCAUGUUCAUACCCUGGAUCAUCGAAGCCUCAUGCAUCAAAGUCCUGUUCAUCAAAGUCCUAUUCAACAAAGUCAAGACCGUCAAGAUUCAUGGCCUGCAGGCUUUUUACCCCCUUCACCUCCUAAGCCGCCUCAAACACGACCUAAGAUUCAAUGGCCGGCGGGCUUCCUAGCUCCAGAUGCUCUCCCAUCGGACGCUCCUCCGUUCAGUCCGAUGAGCAUAGACUCGAUUCCGCAAUCAAGUCCUGCUUCUGUAUCUCAUAGCUUAAAUCCAUCUACAACGUCUCACACAUCGCAAGAAAAUGUUGUCAAUGGUUUAGCUUCAUAUGGUAGUCCCCAAUCAACAAACCAUCCUCAAGUAUUUCAGCCUCGCUCCAUUUCACCCGUUCUAUACAAUUCAUCUCAACCUUCUAGAGCUGCCGUUUCGACAAAGAUUCAGCACCCACAGAAUCUUGUGGGAAGAAAAAACAGUUUUGGACCAAUGCAAGUAUCUUCGCCUCUCAGUCAGCAAUUCGGACCAAUGGACUCUUCAUUAACAAAGCAACAUGCAAUGUCCACCGACAUUCAUGCACACCCAGCCCGACCAGAAAUUGAGAGAGAAGCCCAGACUGAUGCUCUAACACGUCUACCACCUUCUCAAUCUCCCAAUAAUUAUACACACUCCCAUAGACCCGAGAUUGAUCGGGCUCAGGAUCAGGCACCAUCUCAAACACAAGUACAAGCCUCUCCUUCUCCUGACCAAGAUCCCGCAUCAACGCAGUCACUGGAGGAGUCUCAAUCUGAUCGUGCAUCUUAUCAAAUGCAAUUCCCCAAAACUGUAGAGCCUCAGUCCAGCUUCACUUCAAUGGAGCAUGUUCUAGUGCAGUCACACAGAUCACCGUCUAUCCAACCCGCUUCAGAGCCCAUUCCAGAACCGAGGCAACGAAAACAAUCGACUCAUAGCAUUGAACAAAUACCAAGCCACCAGGUUUCAGCAGUGAUAAUUUCUAAAUCGCCAGAAACCUCGACCUCCAUCGCAGGGACAACCGAAAAAAUGCCAACGGCAGCCAACCCCGAUGAUCUUGAAGGAUUCGAAAAAGCCGAUGCUAUUCCAUUUGAAUCAAUCUUUGCUCGCAUGUCUUCAAUUUACAAUUCUUCAAUGGGAAACCUCAUCUUGUCUUCUGAUAAAACAACAUUGAAAUUCUGGUCAAUGGCCGAAGGCAUAAUUGAGCCUAUUUGGAAAAUGCAAGUCUGUAAAAUGGCCGAAAAUCCAAUAGUAUCUAUGCCGGGUUCGAAUCCGAUGGAGUUACGCUUGAAAGAGAAGAUGGAUGAUGAAUCCAUUACCGUUCAUCGAUUUUUGAUUGCUCGCACCAAAGAAGCUCACAAGUCUGCCAAUGAAAUGAGAGCAAAUUUGGUUACUGCUCGGAUUUUCGUACAGAUGGCCAAUCCUCAAAUACUUCAAGCCGAAGAUCCAGAAGUGAUCGCUCUCAAGCCCUGGAAAUGUGAAAAAUGUGGAUCCAGGUUCAAGAAUAAAGAAGGUAUCAAAUAUCAUCUUUCUAAAUCACAAACGACCUGCAAUCCAAAUUGGAAGGCUCCGCCUACCAAGCCACGCCAACACAGUAAACCACAGAAAGAGACACCAAAAAAGGAAAAAGUGACAAAGGCAAAAGGUAAAUCUGUAGCUUCUCCAGAGAAAGAAGUUCAACCCGAGCCGAUAAACCAAUCUGAAUCUGAAUCUGAAGACGGCGACUCGGAUGACUCCGUUUUUGAAUGGGCUGCUAAAGUCGCUGGGUUGAAGCAAUCUCCAAAGAAAGGAAGAGGAGAUCGAGGGGAUCCGGUAAUUGGUAGAAAUGGAAAAGUUUACAAAUCUUUGGGAGGGGAACGACCAGCACUUUUGGAAAUUGCUGAAAUUGUUAAAAAGACGCCAUCGCUCGUGGAAGAACUCGCCAAAAUCCCGUCAUUACCUCAAACUCCAGAACAAUCACUUCCGAAAUCAGUAUCACCAAUGUCGAAAGAGAAGAUUGUUAAGGAUAUAAUUCUUUGCCUUCUUCGGGCUAAUAACAAUGCUUUACCAGGAGAGCGUGGCCUUUGGUUCUCAUUCGUUGCAUGUUGGCUCAAGUAUUAUCACACUUCUAAAAUACUUCCGGAACACAAGUUAUUUGCAAGAGCUCUUGAUGAAUUGCUUCAGGACGGAACACUUUCAAAGAUUGCGUUUGACUUUGCAGGUGCUAGGAGCAGAACUAUAACUAGGAGCAUUCUAUCUGAUCCAAAAGCCGUUGCUCCAUCCUCGGCUGAUAUUACCAAAAUGCGAGAUGAUACAAAAGCAAAGCAUCCUGAAUUUUAUAUUCCAGCUGGAUUUUCUCCUCCAAGUGUUAUUUUGGACAUUUUGAAUUCUAUUGGAAAGCUCCCCCCUUUGGCACCAAAGAUUUCAGAAACUCAGCUUGAUGAUAUACUGGGAUCCGAUGAGGAGUUAGGUAGAGGUGACUCUUCCGAUGAUGAGUUCAAACCUGAGGUCCACGCAUUAGAUGCCGAGGAUGACCUUGAAGAUGAUCCAAUGGACCUUGAUGUAGAUUCGGAUGGCGUUGGAAGCGAGUUUUCACCCUUUCCAGGAUCUACCCCCACGCGAGAGUUGCAAUUUCAGCAAUUGUACCAACAGGGUUCCACAAAAAUUGAUGGUAGUCAAUCGAUAAAACCUCGUACGAGACACGCUGGUCACCUUUCCAGUUUCGAAGAACUGGAAAGAAGAAAGCGUACACCUGCUUUACAGGGGGAAAAAUGGUCACCACAAUCAACAAUGCUACAAAAUUCGGCGAAUAGCGCAUGGGAUACGCCUGCCAAACCAAAAAGAACUUACAAGUUGAGAGAGCGUCUUCCGGAGCCGACUACAUUCAUACAAGGUGAUUCUGGUUCUUGGUCUGUUAGACCUUUUGGACAUGGUGUAAAUCCCAUAUUUGCUAGACCAAAUAAGAUCACUGUUGGAAACCCUCAGGGCGAACAUUAUCUCCAGCAGCGGGAAGAUAGUCAUCGACCAGUCAUUCAUCCUAACAAACCAAUCAUGCGUCCUUCCGUUCCAUCAAAGUUCUUUCUCAACAAGAAUCUUCAGGGAGAUCUUAUUGGUCGAUCAGAUGGUCAAAUAGAGAUCUCGAAAACCACUGGACAGCCAAAAAGAAAUUAUACAUAUCAUACCAGAUCACAAAAGAAUCCUGAUAUAUCAAGACAUACUGGUCUUGCAAAGCGAGCUUAUCGAUUAUUAACCCCAGAUCCUAUGGACUUGAUGGAAACUAGUAUAGAUGGCUUGACUGAACUUGAUAUUUUGAAUCAUUAUGAGGCUAAACCACUAGAAAAAGAAAUUGGUCGCCAAAGCAAUCCUGGCUUGGAUAGCAUACCAUCUACCCCUGCGACACCAGGUCUAUCUCAUUUGUUUUUCAAUGAAUCUGCUGGACUAUGGAAUCUUGCUCAUCCAUUUGUAGCUUGCACCGAUGCUGAAAAGCUGAAGAUGCAAUGGCUGGAUCGUACUGCCUUUACAAUGGAAACUAUACCAUACUCAGCUCUCGAAGACAAUGAUGAUCUACCACCAGAGCAAGAAACCAUUGUUGGGGCCAAACGCAAAAGACAGCAGAAAAAAGAGCCACAUAUUGGUGUCCGCAAAGGUUUAAAGAACAAAUGGGUAAUGCCUAGACGUCUCACGUCUGCACCUGAUGAUCUUCUUGGUGUUCACAGAGAUGUUCGAUACGCUGCAGAAUUACUCGGUACUCAGAUGGUCAAUUAUGACAUGAACAUUCGUAGAAAGAGACAAAGAUUCAAGGAGCAAGGUUUAGCUGUUGAUGAAGAAGCGAGGUUGACCAUGGGUAUUGUUAUCAUUCGAGCACUGCUUGGAGGAUUAGAGAUGAACAUCGAUUGGGUUAUUCUGGGAACGGUCUUUAAAGAUUAUUCCUUGAAUUUCCUAAGGAAAUGGUGGCAGGUCGUUUGGGCUAAGAAAAAGCCAAUGGUUGAUAAAUUGACAAAAGAUUUCCAGGAAGCUUUCAUCAAGGGAUAUCGAAAAGGUCAAGUUCAAUCAAUCGAUUAUGAUCAUAUUGUCGACUAUGAUUUCAACACUUUAAUCGAUUGGGCCAUGACAAAGAUCAAUACUCCCACACAAGAGGAAAAAGUCUUUGACCUCCCGAAUUCAUUCCCAGAACUCAAGAAAAAAUAUGCACUAGUCCCCGAAACCCGAAGUAAUUAUUGGUCUGAACAGUAUUAUUACACUCUCGCUGCCGUUUAUCAGAGGAUGAAUCUUGUCAAUUCUGUACCUUUUUCAAAUCCAUUAAAACCAGAUGCUCUCAAUUAUGAGAUAACCGACUAUGCACUUGCAAAAUCUUGGUGCAGGGCUGCUGCCGUUACACCGGAUCAUUUAUGGGACAGCAAAGCAGCGAACAAGUUGCUCAAUCGUCUUCCAAGUGCUAUCAUUAUUGAAGCUAGGGAAGACUUGUUGAAGAACAAAAUCAUCACCAAAAAUAAACGUCUUCGUACCAAUGGUCGAGUUUACAAUCUUCCAGAUGCUUUCAACGCCGUUUUCGUUCGCACAGGAAAGAUCAUUUUCGAGAAACAAUACCGAGAAGCUUAUUUGUUCAAAUGUGAAUUGGAUCAAAAAUUUCGAAAUGGAGAGACUAUUGUCAAUAUUCCUUGGGGUGUGAAUGAAGGUGCCGUGUUGGCUAUUACGAAUUUACAAGCUAAUGGAUGUAUUCACAUUCAAAAAAGUAACAUUAGAGCGAACAAAUUCGGUCUCACCGAAGGUGGAUACGAAACAAGACUUAUUGACAAAGCAAAGUAUCGUUUUCAAAUGGAUAUUGCACCCACUCCAAAUUAUGUUUAUAACCACGCGAUACCUAACCUUGACGCCAUGAUUUCGGAACCUCCAUUUGUUGGUGCAAGAGGUGCACUUCCUGUUUGGAGAAGUAUAACAGGAGAAGUAAUUGAGGGAAUGUGGAGAAAAGUACUCUUAGGAGUUACCGGUGCAUUCGUUCUACGAAGUAGUAUCGAUAUCGAGGGAUUGGAAAGAGUAUUCGCACCUAGUCUUGACGCAUGGGAAAUCAAACAAUUGAUUGAUUGGGGAGUUGAAAGAGGUGUUUGGCAAAAAUGUGACUAUGAAGGGUUGGGCGCAACUGCUAAAGAGGCACAAGAUAUGGAAGGUUGGGAAGUAGGUGACUGGUGGUGGAUGAUUGUGGGGAAGUAUUUGGUGGAUAGUGAUCAGUGAUGGAGCUGAAGUAGUAAAUUUGAGAUCAUUUGGAGUUUUGGUGGAGUUUUGGGGUACCAGGCGCGAAAGGAAAACAAGACGAUGCACUAAGCUGUUAUUUUUUUGUAUGGUAUAGAGGUCUUAGGGAGGGAUGGGGUGAAAAGGCAAGUGUAAUCUUACUGCUGGCGGAUAGUAUUUCGAAAGCACGCAGUUCGUGCUAGAUCAACCUCGUUAUUAUUCAACGAAGUAUAAUUAUAGAAAUAAUCAAUUUGCACCAAAGUAUUUUUUGAUGACCA